AUGCGUCAUAGUUCUGGAUUUGGGUGGGACUCCAUCUCAAAGAAAUUCACAGCUACUGAAGAAGUAUGGCAAGAUUACUUUAAAUCUCAUCCAAGUCAAGUGCAUCUUCAAAGAGAUACAUUUGCAGACUAUGAGGAUUUGGUAAUUGCAAUUGGCAAUGGAACAGCUGCUGGGAAAAACUCAAUUGGACUUGGUGAUGAUACUAAUGCUAGAACGUAUGAAGUUGGAGAAAGUAGGACUACUAGAUUGCAGGAUACCAAUGAGGCAUUUGUACCAAGUCAAAAUGAAACAUCAUACCAAUCUUUGUCGUCUGGUAAUUUUAUUUCAUCACCUUUUGUGGACACAAAUUUGGAGGCUCCAUUAGAAAAGCUCCCUCAAAGAAAGAAACCUAAAACUGAGUCUGAAGCAAAUAAUUCAGUUGAGACCUUAACUCGAGCUGAACUGGUUGAAAAAGUUUAUGUGGGCAUGGAUUCAAUUGCUGCAAUUACCACUGAAAUUCGAGGAAUGCAUAGCCUAAUGGGGGGAGAGAGAGAGAGAGAGAGAGAGAGAGAGAGAGAGAGAGAGAGAGAGAGAGAGAGAGAGAGAGAGAGAGAGAGAGAGAAAACCAACAAUGUUUGGGAUGCUAUCAAGGAGACUCCGAACUUGGAUAAUCGGGCUCGUUACAAAGCACUUGGGCUGGUUCAUAAGUUGGGAAUGAAAAAUGCAUUCUUGAAAAUGUUACUUAAAGAGUGCUCAGAGUGGAUACUAUACAAUAUGGAAUGAGUGUGGUUCUUUGAGAUUAUGUUUACCAUUUUAGAUUAUAUUGAAACUUUGGUUUAAACUAUUUUUAUUAUGUUGGUUUAAAAUAUUUUUAAGACUUUGGUUUGGAAGUACUUACCAUUUUGGAGAAGUGUUAAGACUUUAUUAGUUUGGAAUUUGUUGAACUUUGGUUUAGAAUUAAUGAUUUGGUUAAUGUUUAUGUGUGUUAGUUAUGAGUGUUGCUUGUGUUUUAUGUGCCUUUAUGCUUUUUCAGUUUUGUCCUCUCAUUAAUGGUAUUUUAUUUUAAUCUAUAUAGUUAUUUACAAUGUUAUAUGUACGCUUCAGAUUUUUGUUUUUUGUUUUUUAUUUUUUUGUUAUUAAUGGAGAUGGAAGAAGUAGAUGCAGUACUAUGGAAUUAAGAAAUCGAGGAAGGAAAAGAAGAAAA